UUCAAUUGCUGCAGAGUUCAUGGCAGACAUCGGGCACACGUUUGAUGAUGAUGAUCUCAAGCAACCUUAUUACAACAUGUUUUCUCUGAUGGGGACUGGGUUCUUUGGUUCUGUUGGUUGCAUUAUAAACUUCGGUUAAAUCUUUGCCGCAGAUUCAAACCUUGCUUACCAAUGGAAGUUGAGACACAUAUGUCUUUCAGAACUGCUGAAAAAAUCAGCAUUUUGGUGGUGGAUGAUGAUGCCACGUAUCUUCCGGUUGUUGCUGGGCUACUCAAGAAAUGCAACUACCAAGUUGUGACUGUCAAAUAUCCAGUAGAUGCUUUGUCUAAACUUAAGAUCAAAGGCGACUCUUUUGAUCUCGUUGUCACUGAUGUGCACAAGUCUGAUAUGAAUGGCUUUGAACUUCAACAAGUGAUAGCCCAAGCGUUUGAAAUACCUGUUUUAUCGAUGUCAGCUGACGACAAGGAAGGUACAAUCUUGAAAGGACUAAAGGGUGUAUCAGUCGACAAUCAAAGAGAUCAAGGGCUGUGCACAGCGUUGAAGGAGAAGAGAGGUAAAAAACCUGUCCCUGGGAAAUCUGCAAUGAAACUGGGGAAACAGGGCAAAGAUAACAGUGUCAAUUUUGUUCUACCAACAAAGUGUCAGAUUAUGUGGACAGAGUCACUUCACAACACAUUCCUGGAAGCCAUUAGAAACAUUGGGUUUGACAAAGCUGUGCCAAAGAAGAUUCAUGAACACAUGAAAGUCCCUGGAUUAACUAGAGAAAAUGUCGCCAGUCAUUGGCAGAAAUAUCGUAUUUACUUGCGCCGAGUUACUGAUGCAAGCUCUAGUAUCCAAGUUCCUGACAUAAACUUAGCCAGUAGGGCUAAUCAAUCGACCAUUGCAUCUGGAACGCUUGGUAAACAUAGACAAUUUCAUCAAGAGAAUUUUGGAGUGCAGUCUAGUGUCCCCAGCUUAUUGAUUCACACUACAGGUUAUCGGACAGGCAGUCUGCAACAUCUUAAGAAUAAGGGGAAAGAAGUUGAUGUUGUGCUUGAUCCAGUUCGUAACUUUUCUGUCUUUCACAACGUUAGUGCUACGCAAGGAUCACAAGGCAUUGGUGAUCUUAGUGCUUCUUCCAUGAAUCAAGGGAAUGAUCAACCUCAUCAGCAAAACAAUGAAGAUGAGGCACAUGUCAACUUUGAUGGUGGUUUUAAUCAGGAUAUGGAGAAGGAGGACUAUUUGCAAUGAUUUAAUCAAAUACCAUUCAACGC